UAACAGAGAUGUUCAUAUACAGAGGCCUGAACAAGCUGGAACAUUACCUCUUACUCAGUGGUCUGGCCCAUCUGAACUGGUUAUGCAGUUGUGUGCCGUGAGUCAUUCAGGUCUCAGGUUCAGCCAUUACCUAGUCUUACUUGAGUGGUCAACUGGGUCACACUACAUCUGCAUUUCUACCUGCUGGAAGAGGAAAGAACCAAAGUCCAGGGCAAGCAGAAUGUCUUAUGUUAAAGUUUUCAAGCAGUGAUCAGGAAAACAUCAAUAUAUGGUCAUCCAUUAGUUCAUCGCUUAAUGGAUCCAGAAGCUCAAAAAGGAGACAGAGAAGACAAUGAUGACAAGGAAGUGGUUGCAGAGAUCAUGGCAAGGUGUUUUUUUCCAGCUCUAGUAACAACUAUCCCCUGGGAAGGAUUUCAUUUUGUUGGUCAUGAGAUUCGAAUUACUGAAGCCAUGGAUUGUUAUGGUGCUGUUGUUUGGCCAUCGGCCCUUGUUCUAUGCUAUUUUCUGGAGACAAAUGUAAAGCAGUAUAAUAUGGUUGACAAAAAUGUGAUUGAAAUUGGAGCUGGAACAGGGCUUAUUUCCAUUGUGGCAAGUUUACUAGGUGCACAUGUGACUGCCACAGAUUUACCUGAAUUACUUGGAAACCUGCAAUAUAAUAUAUCCCGAAACACUAAAAUGAAAUGUAAGCAUUUGCCUCAGGUUAAAGAACUCUCCUGGGGCAUAGCUUUAGACAAGAACUUCCCCAGGUCUUCCAACAAUUUUGAUUAUAUCCUGGCGGCUGAUGUUGUCUAUGCUCAUCCUUUCCUGGAAGAACUCCUCAUUACCUUUGACCAUCUGUGCAAAGAAGCUACCAUCAUCCUCUGGGUCAUGAAAUUUAGGUUAGAGAAAGAAAAUAAAUUUGUAGAUAGAUUUAAGGAGUUGUUUGACCUAGAGGAGAUUUCUAGUUUCCCUAGCUUGAAUAUUAAGCUGUAUAAAGCUAUGAAGAAAAAUCGAAGGAGUGCAUGAUAUCCUCAAAGGAGGACUUGGAAAGCAAAGGCCAUUUCUAGUAGAUGAUGACUUUAAAGAAGACCCUGGAUAAGA